AAAGUAAAACCAAACAAAAAAAAAAUCUGGUUUACCCAAACCAUUGUCGGAGAUCAGACGACCGGUAGGUUCGCUUUGCCCUUUCCUUGGUAGACGGCGGCGGCGUGUUCAUGGCGGAUGAUAGCGUAUCCAUGUCUUGCGGGCGCCGCGACUUCACCCCCCGGCUGUCCAGCCUGCGCACCUCCUUGGUAUUGGAUUCUGAAGCAGGCAUGCGCGGGGGUGACUGCUUCCCCAGGGGCGCCAACAGGCUCGCCUCUACGGUGAAGGAUUGCUGUAUGAAUCUGGCAGGCUUGGAACCUUUUGUCGACGAGGCAGAGCGGUUGGCCAAGGAGGCGGAGCGGAUGCGGUAUCUGCGGGAGAAGGCACGGCGGAAGGAACAACGCGAUCGGGAGCGGAUGGCGGAAGAUCGCAUCCGCGACUUCGAUCCCAAGCAAGGGGGCGAAUACUUCACCAGACUACAAUUCGUCGAUCUAACAAAAUUCGAUCUCGACGAGGAGUCGCCAUAUGGUCCGAUGAGAUUUACUGAUGCUGUCUAUAAAAGUAAGGACGACUAUGAGCUGUGUGAGGGAAUAAACAUUUUCUCAGUGAGAAUAGCCACCUCUGAUGUUGGCUUCCCAAUCCAUGUGUACGGCACUGUCAUUGCUCGAGACAGUUUGGACAAAAAGUGUGUUUAUGUCUUCCGCUGUGACAGAGAUCAUUGCCAACUCAUCAACUCUAAGGAUGAAUCUUUGGUCUUGACAGGUCCGAAACGGGGACUUGCGUUGAUAGAUGAGAAUUAUGUCGAAAUUGAUCUGAAGAUUAAGGAUCAUCAGGGGCAGGACAAAGAACUCAGUAAAGGAAUCAUAUCGAUCCCUGGCAUAGAACGUCGAGACUUGGAGCAAUGUCAGAUUGAAAGUGGCUCUCUUGCUACCAGGCUUAGUACUGUGGAUGUGCUGUAUGGAGUUGUGAAAGAUGCAGUGGAGGGUACUAUUGCUAUUGAAGUUCUACAAGGAGACUUUGAUGGAAAGAUCACUGCCCAGACCACCAGUAUCCUGAACAGCAUUGUGUUUUACGAUAGUCAAGUGUUUGGUGGCAUGACUGGUGAUGGCACUGGAGCUAUGAAGCUUAUGCGAUCUGCCUUAUCUGUCUAUGUGAAGGAUAUGCUGAUAAUUGUUGCUGAAACCAGUGAUGGUAAGUCUAGAGGAACCAUUGAGUUUACUCCCAAGAUCAACGGUAGAGAAGAAGAAGUUAUAAUUAUUGGUGUCACUAAGAUGAAGGUGAAGGUUGCUUGGUCAAUAAUGGACUUUUAAGUGAGCUCAAGGUUUGAUUAUGGCAGGAUCUGUAUGCCUCAGUUUAACUACAUCAGAGUAGUGAUGAUGUUAAGGUUAUUAUUGGACUGUAAAUGAGUAGUUUCUAACGUGUUGAAACUGUUAUGUUGAAGAAUUCUGUAACUUGGGCCUGCUACGUAAAAUGUUGGCUAACGUGUUGAGCUUUUCUCCUGUUAGCAUAUAAUCCUGCUGUGUUAAA